AUGACGAACACUCCUUCAAGCACCCCCGCCAAAACCCCCAUCUUCCUCCUGAAAACCAAAUCGACUCCCCACGACGGAUACGAAGAAUAUUUCUCCGCAUCGGGCCAGUAUGACCCCAUCUUCGUCCCGGUCCUCGAACACAGGUUUCGCGAGGCAAGUCUGCGGAGGGUGAGGGACCUAUUCGUCUCCGGGAAUAUAGGGAAGCAAUAUGGGGGGUUGAUAUUUACGAGUCAGAGAGCUAUGGAGGGGUUUGCGAGGGUUAUCACGAAUGAAGUGGGGGAAAACGCAUCUACAAAAGCCUCUGAAUCCCUACUCCUCUACAGCGUCGGACCAGCGACCUACCGCUCUCUGAAUACAUUACGCGAAUCACACCUCCCCCACUCUGAACUUGUAGGCCGCGAUGCAGGUACGGGCGAGAAACUCGCGCAUAUCAUCCUCGACCACUAUAAUGCCAAUUACAGCAAUAGAAGACCUUCCACCGACCCCGAAACAAGGGUAGAUGAUGAUGGCUGCGCAAAGACAAAAACGGGAGGGAGCAACGAUAACAAAUUACCCCUUUUAUUCCUCACGGGAGAGCAGCACCGAGAUAUCAUCCCAAAGACGCUCAUGGGGGACAAGCUUCCGCUGGAGAGGAGGAUACAGGUUGAGGAGUUGAUCGUCUAUGAGACGGGGGUUAUGGAAUCGUUUGAGGAUAUGUUCGGGGCUGCACUGAAAGCUGCGCGGGCGAGGAGAAAGCUCGAGGGCAGGGGAGGAGGUGGUGGUAUGGAUGAUGGUGAUAAUAAUAACGCUGAUGAGCGGGCUAUGUGGGUUGUUGUUUUCUCGCCUACUGGCUGUGACGCUAUGCUUCGAACGCUUGGUAUGAUUCCAGUCAGCGAACGGGAGGGAAUAGAUGGGGAUGGGAUAUCAACAUCUAUGAAUAGAGGAGAAGAGGAAGAGAAGGAAAAGAAGAGAAUUAAAGGGGCACUGCGUGAUUGCUAUAUUGCAACGAUUGGGCCGACAACUAGAGAUCAUCUACGUGGGCGAUACGGAGUGGAGCCGGAUGUUUGCGCAGAAAUCCCUAGCCCUGAAGGGGUUGGGAAGGGGAUUCAGGAGUUUUUGCUAGAGAGAACGGUGAGAUAA